AUGGAGCCGCAGCCAGUACAGCCACCGCAGCAAGAGCCAGAGCCAGUUUCGGUGGAGCCCGAGACUCCUGUCGAGCAGCCGAUGUUCGACCAGGAGCAGCUCCUGCAAGCGCAUUCCAGUCAGGUUCCGGACGCCUUCGACCCAUAUCUGUACGAGCAGGAACCCGAGACCCCGUGGGUCCACCAGGGCGCCCCCGACUUCGAUGAGGACCUCGACGCAGAGGAAGAGCAGGAGACGCCACGUCCGCAGCAGCAGCAGGCGCCCGCACCGGAGCCCGAGACUCCAGUCGUGGAGGAGCGUCGUCAGCUUCGGCGAUCUCGCUACGACCAACUCACUGACGUGCCUACCAGCAUUCGGCAGAACCUCGAGGCAAGGAGGAGGGCCACGACCUACGACCCGCUCAACGUGCCGCACAGCAUUCGACGAGCGCUGCAAGACCAACAGACCACCAAGAAGCCCAGGGUCGACGAGCACCUGAUCAUUGAGCUCUCCCUGAAAGAGUCGGUGGACUUCAACUGCUCGACCCUCUAUCCGGCCAGGUUCAGGCGCGUGGGCCUCGUCAAGAUGAGGAAGGCCAUGGCUUCACAGUGGGACAAGUGGCUGGCGUUCAACGCCGUGCGGCACUGUUUCAGGGAGGGGCUCGCCCAGCUCAAGCGCAAGCGGCCACAACGCAAGAUUGUUGGCACCAGGUGGAUCCUGACCGAGAAGGACGCGAAUACCUUCAAGGCGAGGUUGGCGGUGCAAGGGUGUCAGGAGAACGACCUGGGCAUCCGCGCCGACGCUCCGACCGGGAGCCGAGACGCAUUUUGGCUUGCGGCUCGGUUCGCAGUUCAGCAUGGCUGGGGUGGCGCUUUCUUCGAUGCCAGAACCGCCGACUUGCAGGCAGAGGGCAUCGACCGCGUUUUGAUCCAGAUGCCGCUGGAAAACCCUCUACCAGGCACCACUCCAGCACAAGACUUCUUCGCGACGGGCAGCAUUUAUAGUGCGAAGAAUGCUAGGAGAGCCUGGUAUUUGCGUUUGAAGUCAGUUCUCAGGGAGUACCAGACUCAUGAAAGCAAACUGGAACGAGGUUGGUACUACUUGGCUUACCAAGGCGAUAGAUUACUGUUCAUCCGUUCUUGCGUGGGCGACAUGUUUUUCGCCUGGAGACGGUCCAGAACCUACGUCCUACGUCCUAAGCGCUUGCACCUUGCCAAGAAAGCCGGCGAAAUUGACUACCUGGGCACGAACAUGCAAAUGACGCCGGGUUACAUGCAUGUGACCUGGGAGAAGGCGAUCAAGGCGAUCGAGUACACCCCCAUCGACGCGAACCGCAUGAAGGCCCUCGAGUCAGAAGCGACACCGGAGGAGGUCAGCAGUUUCAGGACGACCAACGGCCAGGCGCAGUGGGUUGCGACGAGAUCUCGGCCAGAUGCGGCCUGCAAGCAGAACUCAGCCCAGCGUAUCAGCUGGCUGAAAGUCCAGGACCUCGUCAACCUCAAACAGUUGGUCACCCAAGCCAAACAAAUUCCGACGCUGGGAGUUCGGCUUGUUCGAGGACGGACUCGCGUCCUACUGGCGCAGCUGGCGUUCUACGGGGACUCUGCCUUCGCCAAUGCCGAGGACGAGCGGUCGCAGUGGGGGCUCGUCGGGGGCUUGACCCACAAGCCCGAAGGGGUCCACCAGGGGAAUUUUGACGAGCUGAUCCCGCUCACCUGGCGCCCAGGACGCGUCUGGAGGGUGCUGACAGAGCUGAAGAUGGCGGCUAAGUUCGGAGGCCCACCGAAGCUGAAGGACGUGGAGCGCCAGGCGGACAACAUCAAGAUGACGACCUUCACGGACAGCAAGAACUUGGAGGAGAUGGCGGAGAAGGACGCCGGAAUCGCCCAGGUGACGCACGUGGGCAUGCUGAUGGCGUUCAUGUCCGGGCGCGACGUGAAGUUCACUGCCCCAGCUCCGAAGUCGAAGAAGCUCAUACAAUUGCUGACGAUAGCAACGUCGGCCGUGCCAGGCGCCGGCUUCGAACUCUGGCCGAUCGAGAAGACGAGUACAAUCCGGGCCAGCCAAGACCCGACCAUCCUGAAGUCGUGCAGUCGUGAAAGCUACGCAGUGAGUUGGCUCUAUUAUUUGCAGGGCGGUUCUCAGUGCUUCACGAGCUUGAUCAUCUGA